AUUAAUGAACUGAUUGCAAAAAAAUAUUUCACUCUUGACAUGUUGAACGAAAAAAUCCAGACAGUACGUUUCAAUAGUGAAGUUCAAUAUGAGAACGUUCCUUUAAUUAAAAAAGGAGAAAAAUUAGUUGGCAGUGCUAGCGAGAAUUUAAGAUUAUUGUUGGUUAUACCUUUUGCACUUUAUGAUAUGGAAAUCGAUAAUCCAUGUUGGGAAAUGCUUUUGUUGUUACGAGAAAUAAACAGCAUUUUACUUUCUGUAAACAUAUCUAUUGGUCAAGUUGCUUAUUUAAAAAUUCUAAUCAGUGAAUAUAUUGAUGCUAGAGUCAAUUUAUUUCCGCAAAUCCCAUUAAGACCAAAACAUCAUUACUUUUCUCAUUAUUCAUAUCUAAUAAAAAAAUUUGGUCCUUUGAAGCAUCUUUGGACACUUCGCUUCGAAAGUAAACACCGCUAUUUUAAAAGUAUCUUGAAGCAUUCUCCAAACUUUAAAAACAUACUUCAUACUUUAUCAGAAAAGCAUCAGUUUCUUCAAGCUCUUCACGCUUCUUCUAGUGUUCUAUUUUUGGAUAAAGUUUCUUGUAACGAUGCAAUUGAGUUUUCUUGUCAAAGUUCCGACCAAGACAUGUUGUCGUAUGUAGCUAGUCAUUGUACGUUUCAGGGAAAAAAAUUCAUUAGUAAAAAAUCUGUUUUUAGAGGAAUAACUUAUUCAGCUGGAAUGUAUGUAUGUUGUGAAAAAAAUCGUUAUGAUGAUUUCGUUUAAUGUUUGGUAAGAUAUGUGGUAGUCAAUGAAUGUUAUGAUGACUUAUUUUUUGUUGGAAAUAUGGUCGAAAUUUUCCAAAAUAAACCCAAAGGUCUUUUUGAAAGUGGCGUAGAAACACCUACGAAGUUGAUUGGCUGUCAUUUUAACAAUUUAUUAACACAUGAACCAAUGAUGGUAAAAGUUAGAAACGAUAAGAUUAUAUUUUCUUUUAAAUCUGCUCCUUUUGAGGAGCUGUAAGGCGACACUACCUAUGCUACCAAAUAUUAGAACACAUGCAACACUAAUAUUUUCGUCUUACGUUGUUGAAACUUGUUUUACGGCUGCUUGAUUGUAUUGCAAAAAUCAUAUAUUUUUCGUUGGUCAUGAAUUGAUAAAAUAUUUAAGUUUUUUUUAAUAUGUAAUAAUUUGUAAAGUGUAUAAAAUAAAUUCAUGUUUACCAACCUACUAUGAUAUAACCAUAUAAUCUUUUCUCACACCCGGAGGAAUACAAAAUCAGGUACCCACUGUACAACAUGUAAUUAGUGAGUGGUUACCAAUCUUAGUGUCAUGGCUACGUAAAUUUUUUAUAUUUCAGGUUCUUCACGAUGGUUUUACGUUUCAAGAUUUGGAAUUUGACUCGAACUUUAAAAUUGUUUGUUGCAGUAGAAGAGACAAAGGGGAACAUACGUGAUGCAUUAAUUGCCAAAGCUUCCGAGAAGAUGAAAAUCCAUGGUACGUCUCUUGUCCUAGAAUCUGAUGGUACAGAGAUUGAAGACGACGACACAUUAAUGGAUAUUAAAAAAGAAACAUUAAUGUUAUUACAAGAUAAUGAAAUCUGGUAUGAUGGACCUUCCGUAUCAUUAGAGCCAGUUCACUCCUUUGCAAGCGCUGACACCUUGUCCGUUAAUGACUCAUCUUUGAGUAGUAUUUCAAGAGCAUCAACUCCCGAUACCGAAAGAUUAUCUGAAAACACAUGGGAAGAGUUUGAAAUACCAUGGUCCAGAAUGAGUUCGUUUGUCAUAAAAGAUUGUGAAGCGGGGCUAAGGCAUAAAUCUACUAUUACUGAGGUCAUUCAUUGUAUUACUAAUGCCUUAAAAGAGAUCAGUUCAAAUGUUCCGUCAAAAGGUCUUAAAAAUACAGCGAAAAAGGUGGUUUUAAAGUAUCCCAAAACCUUUCAAGAUAUUGACGAAGAUGGUCAUGUUUACGGCGAUGGAUCUCACUCGAUUUUUUCCAAAUUAAGAGAACAUUUUAAAUAUGUAAACAGACGCAGCUCUGCUGAGAGGUCUGAUGCACCCUCUCCAAUUUCACUUAAGAAAAGAAAGAAAAUGUUGGCUUCUAAAGCAGGUUGUUCUAAUUGGCAACCACAUGUUGAAGAACACCCAGUGGACGUUACGGAAAAUAUUAAAGAGCAGUUAAAAACAAUUGAUAUUAAGUAUGUGGCAUUAGAGCCAGAGAUUCUGGACUUACUCGAAAAGAGCUACCUAGCUCAAAGACUUUUUUUAAAUUCGGCUGAACCACCUGCUUUGAAAACUAUAAGACAAGAAUGGCCAGUUCUUUUGUGUCCUGCUGGGAUUUUCUGGCAUUACGAAAAAUUAAUGUCUCAAAAUAUCAAUGUGCUUUAUGAGGCUUUAAUUACUAAGUCAGAAAAAAUUUUAAAAUUCGGCAGGAAGAAAAAUUACAUAAAUGAUGAAUCCCUCACUGAUGAAAAUGACAAAUUCAUUAAAGUCAUGGUUGUACUUUGUAUGUUCUUUUCUGAACCUCCAAAUGCCUUAUACUGCAUAGUACACGACGAGUCUGACAUAGGAAAAGGCAUGAACGCUCCCAGUAUUAUAGGCUUUCAUAAAGAAGGAAGCACUGUUUACCAUGUCGUGAUGGAAAAUGAAGUUCUUAAUGGGGGUUCUUGUUGUUUUAAAGACGCAUUGUUGCAGUUGUUUGCUAUAUAUUAUAACUUUAAUUUAGAAUACCCAAAACAAACUUCAAAUACACUAGAAUUUAUUCAACGAUACAUGAUGAAAAUCCAUCCCGACGUUGGAACCAAGAAUAAGAAGACUGCUUCUAAAAUGAAGAUCAUUUCGUUGAUUAACAAGUUGCGCGAUGAAUAAAAAAAGCCGUAGUAAUAUGGCAAGAGUUUUUUUUUUUUGUAAUUUUUCGAAGU